CAACUGAUUAAAUUGCAUUUUUAAGAGUGAAAUUUUAAAACUCUUUAAGGUCGUCGACUAAUUUUGCGAUAAGAAAUAUAAUCAUGUGAUUCCCCUCACUAGAAUAUUCUUAGCACCGUUGUUCAAUAAAUAGGGUCUUGGUAUAUUGCCAGAGUUUAGUUUCAACUGGUGUCUUGUUACAAGAACGCGUUUCAAUUGUGAACAAAAAUUGUUUUAUAUUUAACAUUUCUUAAACAAAACUUAAUAUUUCUACCUCAAAUGGGUAAUAAUUCUACAAAACAGAAAAGCGAGCGCGAAACGAUGCAGAUCAUUGAAGAUCAGGAAUUGUUGGAUGCACAGCUUUCGUGCAUUGGCAAGCAUGCGUCCAACUGGUUGCACCAGAAGGAUAAGUACUUCGAUUUGGCUGGCAACCAGCCAAAGCUCGACUAUGAGGCCCAGCAAAAGCAGCUCCAGGCCAGGCAGGUCCGAAUCUUAAGGAUGAUGACCAUACUUUCUGAUUAUCCGCCGAGUAAGGAAAUGCUCAAGGCAAAGAUUGCUGAGUUCACCGACGAUUCCUUGACCGAAAACAAUGAAAUCUUUGCGGAUUAUCUGGAAAACCGCACGCUUGAGUUCUACAACGUGUGUUCCGUGAUGACCACCCUGCUCACCAUUGAGGACCUCUCCACCAUGGAGCAGUAUACCCAAUUAAUGUGUGCUGAUGUGUCUCCAAUAAAGGUUUCGAAGCUCGUAUUCGAGAUAAAACUGCCACCAACAGAGGUAAGUCCAGAGGAUUUCGUUGCUCCCAAUCUGGAUGAUGUGGUGCUUGUGCCAAAAUGCAGCCAGCUGGCAUCACCGCUACCAAAGCAGCUUAUAAUGGCACUGCUGCCGCACCACCAUGAGUAUGUGGAUAAGAAGGAUCCGAUGCGCCGCCAUGUUGCUAGCGUGGAAAAAGUUAACCGCAACAGUGUGCAGUUCCGUUUUAGUCGUGGCACCUUUCCAGGAGAUGAGGUCAUAACAGGCCAACGCUUUCUUGUGAUAAUCCGAUCGAGGCGUAUACCCACCCGAUACAUGUACCGUGCUCUCAAGCUGCUACAGGAUACCCCAUCGGUGCGCCGAUAUCUAUUCCCUUUCCCAGAAUGGCUCACCCAAAUGGUGAAACAAUCGCAGAUCCGCAUGGACGGAUGUGCGGCUUUACCCAACUGGUUGGAGGUGAAGCCCCAACCAAUACCAGCUCCCCCGGCCGAAAUUAGCCUUUUAAAUCCUUCCAUCAAAGACAAUGCAGAGCAGUUGCAGGCAGUCCAGAGGAUUGUGGCUGGACCCAGUCUUCAAGGACCCUACAUCGUGUUCGGACCACCAGGCACUGGCAAAACUACCACUAUUGUGGAGGCCAUUCUACAGCUACGCCUUCAGCACCCGGGAAGCCGUAUCCUUGUAACCGCCGGUUCGAACUCUGCCUGUGACUCGGUCGCGAUAAAGCUGUGUGAGUACUUCCAAAGCAAUGUCUAUCUUCGGGAGCAGUUGCAGAAGCAGAUUGAUUACCGCUCUGAUUAUCAGCUGAUCCGGCUCUUUUCCCGAUCAGUAACGCGCAAAGGAUUGAAAUCGGUGCCGCCGCUAUUACUAAAGCAUUCCAACUGUUCGAAGAAGACUUACAAACACCUUGGAGUGUCGAGUAUUAUGGAGUACCGAAUCACGGUGGCUACAUUGUCCACUGUCGGGAGACUGGUUACCGAUGGCCUCAGUAAGCUUAAGUUUUUCACUCACAUUUUUAUCGACGAAGCGGGCGCUUCCACCGAACCAGAGACAUUGAUAGGGAUCAUGGGCGUGAAGCAGACCACCAAUUGCCAUGUGAUCCUUUCCGGAGACCACAAACAGUUGGGCGCCGUGAUAAAAAGCAAUAGGGCUGCUUCGCUGGGACUCAGCCAAUCUCUGAUGGAGCGAUUGCUUCGCACAGAUCUCUACCAGCUGGAUGAAAACGGUAACUAUGAUCGCAGCCUGCAAACGCGUCUGCGUCAGAACUAUCGUUCCAAUCCGGAGAUCGUGCGUUUGUUCAAUGAGUUGUACUAUAACCGAGAGCUCAUUGCCCAAGCUCCUGCGGCUGAAGUUAACAUGGCAGCGUACUGGAAACUACUACCCAACGCAGAGUUUCCAAUCAUAUUCCAGGCAACUCAUGGAAAGACCUCGCGUGACGAACAGUCCACCAGCUCGUACAACCGGCUGGAGGCGCAGGUUGUCUGCUGGUAUGUCAAGCGCCUCCUUAACGACGGACUGGGCAGGGGCACAAAGGUGAGUCAAGAGGAUAUCGGCAUUGUGGCUCCGUACACUGCUCAGGGAAAACUCCUGAGCCAAAUGCUCAACAGCCAGGGACAUGGAAAUGUUGAGGUGGGCAGUGUGGAGACCUAUCAAGGCCGAGAGAAGCCCAUAAUCAUUGCCAGUUUGGUACGGUCCUUUACCAACAUGGGAUUCAUGCGAAAUCCCCGUCGCGUCAACGUUCUCCUUUCGCGGGCCAAGUCCCUGCUGAUUCUAGUCGGUAAUCCUGUGACCCUUCGCCAUCACCGCGACUUCCAGUACAUAAUCCGGGAGUGCAAACAACGAGGUACUUAUCUCUACAAGAAAAAAUGCAACCAGCAGCAGCGGCCGGACUUCUUACCCGAUCUGGAUGAGGACGGCUUCGACGCCACCUUGCCAUACUGCUCUGAUUCUGAUGAUGAAGAGCUUACUCCGUGGUUUGCUAGAAUGCCGCUUGACAUAAGCGUGGUCAAGGGCAAAGGCGAAGACCAGAAGCUCCAAGCUAUUCAUGACAGUCCGGCAUCCAUGCGUUUUAAAAUUAAGAUAAACACCCUAAAGUCGGACGUCAAGGCUUUGCAAGCCAAGCUAUCGAAAAUUCCAAUGCCGAGCUCCCAGAAAAAUUGA